AUGACGGGCAAUCCCCACCUGAAGCGCAUUCGAGUGGACCGAUUUAAGGGUCACAAGACAAAUUACCGUCUUCCCCUCUUGGAAGCCAGCAAAUGUUCUGGGUGGAUGGAACGAUGGAUCGAAGGCAGCAGCCAACCUGGCACCAUUUUAGAAGAAGUGUUGGAGUUUCCCUCCCAGUGCUUUUCGGACAAGGUACCCUUGUUGUACCACUUUUUGCGAUCGAAACCAGACGUUCUUGCUGGUGGACCAGCCGACAAACUAAUUGCUUGCUCUUUGGUCAACAAUGCCGCCAAAUCAAACCUCCACCGAAAGGCCUUGCCAAGGAAGGGGCCGCCAAAGAAAUGCUCCAAGUCGCAGCAGUGGUACAUGUAUCAUUGCCAUCAUUGUCAAACACACAUUUUGGGGGAUGUGGAGGCAGUGAAACAGCACCUUCUGGCGAGCCAACGUCAUCAGCAAAAGGCACCCAAGGGGCGAGAAGAUGAAUCCCCAUUCCUGCUGUUGGCAAGCAUCUUGCACAAACGAAAUGUCACAUACAUGUAG